AAAAAAAGGAAGCUGCCGCUUCCGACGAGCGUCGUGUCGUCAGGAUUGGAAAUCGACGACCGUAACCAGUAUUGGAGACUGUAAUAAAACGAUCGUUGCCGAGUAUCAAUGAACUUGUAUUGUCGAGAGUGUUAGAACUUGACGGUGCGUCGAAGAGACGAGCGAAGUCAUAAGAAAUGACGGCUACCGAGGAAACGGAGCCAUUGAUAUCAACGUCGACGAUAUCUUCCGUCAGUAAGACCCAAAGAGUCACUUAUCACACAAUUUCAUUCGAAGAUAACGAAAGAGAUGCGUUGCGCGACGAAAGCCCAGAAAACUCAUUUGAUCUUAAACCGAUUCCGACCGCGUCGACAGCCGCUGAUUUCAACAACGAAAGUUUCGGCAACAGCAUUACGUAUACAUGGAGCGAUGUGAACGUGUAUUACAGCGUGAAAAAUGACAAAAUUUGGGAUCGGUUGUUGUUCAGAACCAGAAAAUCUGUCGUGCAGAAACAUAUAUUAAAAGAUGUGUGCGGAGUGGCUUAUCCUGGCGAACUGCUCGUAAUCAUGGGUGCGUCGGGUUCAGGCAAGACAACUUUAUUGAAUGCAUUGACGUUCCGUUCGACACGCAGAUUAUCCGCGUCCGGUCUGAUGGCUGCCAACGGCCAGAGGAUAUCGCCAGGUGUCCUUACCUCCAGGAUGGCUUAUGUUCAACAAAACGAUCUGUUCAUUGGCACGCUGACCGUGACGGAACACUUGAUGUUCCAGGCGGCAGUGCGGAUGGAUCGGCAAAUCCCUCGUCUCCAGAGAAUUAAGCGGGUUAAUGAGGUCAUUGACGAGCUUGCCCUUUCCAACUGUCGAAAUACCAAGAUUGGGAUACCGGGCAGGGUGAAGGGCCUUUCGGGAGGCGAGAUGAAGAGACUGUCAUUCGCCUCUGAAGUAUUGACCGAUCCUCCGUUGAUGUUCUGCGACGAACCGACGUCGGGCUUGGAUUCCUUCAUGGCCCAUCAGGUUGUCUCCAUUCUGAAAGCGUUAGCGGCACGUGGUAAAACAAUCGUCGCCACUUUACAUCAACCCUCUUCGGAGGUGUUCGCUCUGUUCGACAAGAUUCUGCUGAUGGCCGAGGGAAAAGUCGCCUUCAUGGGCACAGCCGCGCAAGCUUGUGCUUUCUUCAAAACGCUCGGUGCCGCGUGUCCCAGCAAUUACAACCCCGCUGAUUUCUUCGUGCAAGUGUUGGCCGUGGUGCCGGGACGCGAGUUGACUUGCAGGCACGCGAUCGAAACAACGUGCGACGCUUUCCAGAAAAGCGUACACGGUGCGCAUCUCGCGCAAGAGGCCGAGGCCGUCCACGGCGAGUUUGAGAAUUCCCUCAAGCGGUUCAAGUACCCCAAGAAUUCCGACCGGUCGCUUUACAAAGCAAAUUGGUGCGAACAGUUCCGCGCGGUUCUAUGGCGAUCCUGGCUGACGGUGAUCAGGGAGCCGAUCCUCGUUAAAGUCCGCCUUCUACAGACCAUCAUGGUCGCGCUGUUGAUUGGCGUCGUUUACUUCGGUCAACAAAUAGAUCAAGACGGCGUGAUGAACAUCAACGGCGCUUUAUUCAUCUUCCUUACCAGUAUGACUUUCCAGAAUGUCUACGCAGUCGUUAACGUGUUCUGCGCAGAGUUACCGAUAUUUCUUCGCGAGCACAAAAAUGGUAUGUAUCGCACCGAUGUCUACUUCAUCUGCAAAACGCUGGCGGAAGCGCCGAUAUUUUUGGCAAUGCCGCUGGUCUUCACCGCCGUCGUUUAUCCUAUGAUCGGUCUCUACCCGGGUGUGAAGCACUUCUUCAUCGCUGUUGGUGUAGUAGAUCUCGUAGCCAACGUGUCAAUUUCAUUCGGCUAUUUGAUAUCCUGCAUCAGCAACAAUUCUACUACGGCCCUUUCCGUCGGUCCUCCGGUUUUAAUACCGUUCUUACUUUUUGGUGGCUUUUUCCUGAAUACAGUGUCCAUACCGUCCUACUUGGUGUGGUUCUCGUAUUUAUCUUGGUUUCGUUACGGCAACGAGGCACUUUUGAUCAACCAGUGGUCAGAGAUCGAUUCAAUAGCGUGCACCAGAAGCAACGUGACGUGUCCAAAAUCGGGGCGCAUGAUUCUCCAAACUUUCAAUUUCAAAGAGGAGGACCUCUGGCUGGACAUCGUCUGCUUGUUCGCCCUCAUAGUAGCGUAUCGCUUCUUAGCAUUUCUCGCGCUACUGUCGAAAACUCGCCGAUCAAAGUAA